GCCAACCCACUCACUGAGGCGUAAAUAUACAUCUAUAGUGUACGAGGUUAGAUUACUCCAAAAGGUGGCAGUACUGCAACAUUUAGGAUGCAUGCUGCUAGUAAAAUACACUGAAGAAGAAGUAGAAGCCGCUGGCCAGCCAGCUGUGGCGUCACCUGGAAGUAGUCAGACUGGGCGGGAUGAUCGGAACAACAAGAUGGCGGACAAUGAGGAGUUUCGGUACAUUACCCCACCCCCAGAAAUAAACAGAGUCAGCCUCACGCGUCUAGGACUGCAGAUGAAUCCUGAUGCGCUGAACACUCAUUCUGAAGUGCAGCUUGAGGCUGGAAUGCACAGGAGUCAGUCCAGUAAAGCAGACUUCAGCCUGACGAUUGAUGAAACAGCUGUGUGUCACAACACCAAAACUGAUAUGAAUCUCCAGCAGCCACCUCCUAUCAUCCCUCCCGUCCACCCUGAUGUGCAGAUGAAGCCCUUGCCCUUCUAUGAUGUGCUGGACGUCCUAAUAAAGCCUUCAAGUCUAGGAGGGAGUACUGCACAGAGGUAUCACCAAGAAAAAUAUUUUAUUUUUGCCUUGACACCUCAGCAAGUUCGAGAAGUAUGCAUAUCCAGGGACUUUCUACCAGGUGGCAGAAGGGACUACAUGGUUCAGAUUCAACUGAGGUUUUGCUUGUCAGAGACUAGUUGCCCUCAAGAAGAUAAUUACCCAAACAGCCUUUGUAUAAAAGUCAAUGGGAAACUUUUUCCUUUGCCAGGUUAUGUACCACCACCAAAAAACGGUGUGGAACAGAAGAGACCAGGAAGACCUCUAAACAUUACCUCCCUUGUCCGACUCUCCUCUGCAGUACCCAAUCAGAUUUCAGUAACAUGGGCACCUGAAAUUGGAAAAACCUAUUCAAUGUCUGUGUACUUGGUGAGGCAGCUGACAUCACCGCUGCUCCUGCAGAGGCUGAGGAUGAAGGGCAUCAGAAACCCAGACCACUCCAGAGCACUGAUCAAAGAGAAGCUAACAGCAGAUCCAGACAGUGAGAUUGCUACAACAAGCCUUCGAGUCUCACUUAUGUGCCCGCUAGGUAAGAUGCGCCUGUCAGUACCAUGCCGGGCGGUGACUUGCUCUCACCUGCAGUGUUUUGACGCUGCUCUCUACCUGCAGAUGAAUGAGAAGAAGCCCACUUGGAUCUGUCCUGUGUGUGACAAGAAGGCUGCAUAUGAGAGUCUUAUCAUUGAUGGUUUAUUCUUAGAAAUCCUGAAUGACUGUUCAGAUGUGGAUGAAAUCAAGUUCCAGGAGGAUGGAACAUGGUGUCCCAUGAGACCAAAGAUAGAGGCUGUCAAGGUCCCUACUCAGUCAGUUCCAACAAUUGAGACCUCAGCUCCUUUGCGCCAAUCCUUAGUGGUCCUCCAUGCAGCUGAGCCCAGCUCCACCAAAAAGGCUGAUGUUAUUGAUCUGACUCUAGAAAGCUCUUCUGACGAUGAUGAUGAUGAAGACGACACAGACCAUCCACUGAAGAAACGCUGUGUUUACAUUUCCAAGAAUGAGGAAAUACAUGCAAAGGGGGUCUUGACCUACCAGCCCACUGUGCGUGUACCGAAUGUCCAGGCCCUGGACACAUCGUAUCUGACUUCUUCGCUGGCUGACUAUGCAGUGCCCUUCCACCCAUCCACCCUGGCCACGAUCCCUACUGACAUGCAAAGUUUGGAUUUGUUUUCCUUAAUUCAAGCAGAUCCUCAGCAUUACCGGCCACAGAUGUUCCUGGACAACCUGACGAGCAGUAUGCAAAGUGCAGCUGCACCCAGCACCAGCUCAGCACUGAUCUCCUCUUCGAGCAGUCACUAUGACACCAGCACCCAUGCUGCCAACACUAUCCAUGAGACUCGGGUCAUCACAGGAGGAGGAGGGGGCACCAGCGCAGGAGGGACUGACAGCAGCUUAUCAGAUAUCAUUUCACUGGACUAAAACACAUCUCACUCAACAUUUAAAGACUGUUUUCAGACGCCUCUUGGUCCACAUUAUAUAUGACAUUGUAUGUACGUGGCAUGUUUAGUUUAACACAGAAAGCACCACGGUUGGUAUCCAUGACCACUUUGAUGGCCAGAACGUUUUCACAAUGUAAAAGACUUUAUCGAGGCAUCUUUCUUUUUGCUGUUUGGUUUUUCAAUUGAAAACGGGAUUUUAAUCAAAUCUGCUAGAAUAGGAAAUGGUUUGAUAGCCAAGGAAAGCAUUGUGUGCCAUUUCUAGUUUUCUUGUUCUUUUGACUUUUUAAGAUUUUAAAAAUAUUGUCAAUUUGAUUGAGAACUGGUUUAUUCCAAUAUUCCCCUGAUAUUUUAGCCUGGUUUAGUCCAAUGUUCCCUGUUUUUUAGCCUUGGUGUAGUCCAAAAUUUCCUUUUGUUUUUACCGCUGGUUUAUUCCAAUAUUCCCUGGUGUUUUAGCCCUGGUUUGGUCUGCCACCUCCCGAGGACAAUGUCAGUCUGUCUGGCUUGCUUGAUGUGUCACUCUUUUCACCAAGCAUUCAAAUACAUGACUUCAGCUCUGUCUAUACACACCGUAAAAUCAGUGGAGCUGGCAACUGAGUCUGUACAGAGUCUUUUAUAACAGUGUUCAUAUCAAGAAUAGAGCUUAAGGGACUUUUAUUAGUAGUGGGAUUGUAUUUCACCAUACAGUGUCAUCAUGACAUGAGCUAGUCUUUCGGCCAUCCUUAUUUAUAUGUAUACAUAUUUUUGAUAACCAUUCCACCCUCAGUUCUGCAGAGAUCCUGGCCAAAAGAUGCAUGUCUGUAAUACUUUUUUUUGUAGACUGAUAAACGGAGAAAUUAUGGACAGAGCUGUUUCUGGCUCUUUGUACUGUAUCUGUGCUGGCUUUCCUAAAGAACUGUUUUGCCUUUUGAUUCACACUAAUGGAAAGAUGUAAGGCAAGUUAGUAAGUCAGAUAGUGUCAUGGGUUCUAAGAGCUUAGUAAUUUCGUGAGUUUUGCUACGGGGCAGCUUUCAUGCCUUGCCACUGAAAAUGUUUCUUUGUAAUUAAGUCAGAGCAACAAUUAAAUAAUGCUGUGAAUGAAUACUGUUCUUAAAAAUGAAGGGAACACCUAAUCAUCACAGUAUAACACCAAGUCAGUCAACAAUCAUGGAUAUCAGUCUGUCCAUUUAGGAAACGCCAGUAACUUUGAAUCAGUUUCACCCGCGUUGGUUCAAAUGAAAGUGACAACAGGUGCAGAACCAAGACAGCUCUAAACAGGGAAUGGUUUUACAUGUGGUGGCCUCAGAGAGUUGCUCUCUCCCUCCUGAUUGAUUCUUCUCUAGUUUUGUGAUCUGUUAGUUUCCUACUGAAAGCAUGAGGCAGUACCUGCAGAUCAAUUAGGUUGCAUAGGUGGUCCAGCUCCUCCAGGAUGGCACAUCCAUUCAUGCAAUCACAGGAAGUUUGUCUCCCUGCACAGUCUAAAGAGCAUGGACAAGAAACCAGGGGAUCGACCAUUACAUGAAGAGAGGUGAACAGAGCUGUAGAAGUUCAUCAACCCAGCAGUAGGACUGGUAUCUGCUGCUUUGUGUGAAGAGGAACAGGAGGAGCAUGGCUAGAGUCCUACAAAAUGACCUCCAGCAGGUUAAUGGUAUGCAUGUUUCUGACCAAACUGUCUGAAACAGACUCCAUGAGGGUGGCAUGAGGGCCCAGCACGGUGCAUUUACGAGAGAGCCCCAGAAUGGACAGGUCCUCUAUUGGCACCCCGUUCUCUUCACAGAUGGGAGCAGGUUCACAAUGAGCACGUGUGACAGGUAUCAAGAAAGAGUCUGCAGAUGCCAUGGUCAAUGUUAUACUACCUGUAUCAUCAUCCAGUAUGGCCAGUUUGGCAGUGGAUCAGUGAUGGUCGGGGUAGGCAUAUCCUUUGUUGGGUCAAACAGACCUUCAUUUCAUAGCCAACGGUACCCUGACUGCUGUAAGGUACGAUUGACAGACCAUACCAGGGUGCAGUGGACCCUGGGCUCUGGACAAUGCCUGGCCUCACGUGGACAUAGUGAGUAGGCAGUUCCUGAAUGUUUAAGGCAUUGAUGCCAUUGACUGGCCCUCUUUUUCUCAUGACCUAAAUCCAAUUGACCACAUAUGGGGCGUUCGGUAACAGUGAGAUCCUGAACAGACUGUAGUGGUACUUUGCAGUGUGGGAUGCACUAAUGCCCUGAUCCAGGUCUGGGAGGAGAUCACCCAAGACUAUAUCCGCCGACAGGUCAGGAGCAUGCCCAGAUGUCGGGAGUGCAUACAGACACACAGGGUCCAUACACACUAUGUGUUCCUAUGAUAAAAUGUGUGCUUGUUGGAUCAGGGUUUUACUUUUGUUUUUGAAUACAGCUCUCAAUGGGUUGAUGAUCUUGGCUUCAGCUGGCAGCUGUUACGUGAUUUUGUUAUCAUCAAAUUAUACAAUGUACAUCAGUAAAGAUUUUCUACUUGAA